AAUCAGCUUCGGUCAAAAACAAAGCAAUAUGAUGGAGUGGCGGAAGGAAAAAAACUUGGUUUUCUGCAUUGCGAUUAUUCUUCUUUUGAAGAUAGAACCUUCCAGAUCCAUAGAAUACUACGACUUGAGUUAUAGCUACUUUGAUGAGAUAGCUCAAGCAUAUUGUGCCUCAAAAUUUCAAGGUUGGGUAUUUGCAAUAAGAAGACAUUGUUCAACUGCACCAACAUGUAACGAAAUGUGUGACAAUGCAGCACCUGAGAUUCUAGACUCUAUCAGUCAUCAAAGAAAGAAAGUUUCUUGUUUCGAUGCGUUUGGCAUUAAAAAGAUCACCCACGAUUAAAAGCAAACCCUACACAUGCACAACCCGAUUCUGGA